AGGGAAUUCCUCGCAUCUACUCAGCUGACCUGCAGGGCAGUACACACAAAAGGAAAAGUUUAAAGGACUACGUAGGAAGGCAGAACGAGGGCAGGGCGUUGUGCGUUGUGCAUUUCAUUCCAGCGCAGACCCUAAGAGACAACUCGUUGAACUGUUGGAUUGCUGACACUGUCAGCAACGCUGAACAGUUUCGCUCAGGGGGUGUUACGGAAAGCUUUUGCUUUACAACUCCUCCUGUUAGUUUUAUUUUGUUGUGGGUUUUUUUUUUUCUUUUGCUGGGUAGCGGUUAAGCGCGUUUUAACCUCCCCCCCCCCAAAUACAAGUGGUGUUCUGGUGACUGUUUAUCUAUAUGUAUAUGUUGCCGCCUUGUCCUUGUAGUUUUAAGAGCCCGCUCCUUUGAUGUAUUGAUACGUCGAACCGGUGUUGUUAUUGUCUACGCUUUGCUUUUCUAUUACCAACUUGAUCUUGUCCCUUUCUCUUCCUUCUCGUUUUUCUUUACUUCCUUUGUACACGCCUUCUGUGCCUCACCGCACAUCAUGCCGUCUUCGACGUACAACUUUCCUCUCCCACUGAGAGAGAUUGCCGAAGAGGCGAACGCUAUCCCGCCGCCCAAUCUCGAUCAGCCCCCGAUUGUCUUUGGCUAUGCGACACUUUUCUGCGCUGUUAGCUUUAUGUUGUGGUUUGCCUACAACGUCUGUGCGUGCCUCAAGGAGGAAAUGAUGGACUUCCACACCGCGUCGCCAAUCUUGAGCUCACGCUGGCAUCUUGUUCUCUGGGUCGCCGUCUCGCCGCAGCUCUUGUUUUUCUGCGCCUACGCCAGCUGGCUGGGCUGGAAGUUCUUCAAGCACAACUAA